AGUGGUGGAAUAUGGAGAAUUGCAGCCAUAAACGAGGCCGGUGGAUGGAAUGACCGAACAACGGUAGAGGACAUGGAUCUUGCCAUUCGAGCUGGCCUCAAAGGCUGGAAAUAUGUUUUCCUAGAAGACCUUGAGGUUAAAAGUGAACACCCCAGCACUUUCACGGCAUAUCGUUCUCAACAGCACAGGUGGGCCUGUGGGCCGGCCAAUCUAUUCUGGAAAAUGGUGAUUGAGGUUUCGAAAAACAAGGAAGUGUCAAUCUGGACAAAGUUCUACAUAAUAUACAAUUUCUUCUUCAUACGGAAGAUUGUUGGGACUAUGUUCACUUUCUCCUUUUACUGUGUGGUUCUGCCUUUGGUGAGUUUGAUUCCUGAAGCUGAUGUUCCUAAUUGGGGAGCCAUUUUGGCCACUUUUAUAAUUGCCACCAUUAACACGUUGGUCGCAACUCCAAGGUCACUACAUCUGGCUAUACCUUGGCUUCUCUUUGAGAACGUAAUGUCAUUUCACAGGAGCAAGGCUUUAUUCAUUGGUCUAUUCGAGGCUAAGAGGGCAAAUGAAUGGGUUGUGACUGAAAAACUUGGAGAUGUCCUCAUCAAGAACAAACCCAAUCCUGAAUCAAGCUCAGAAAAAGAGCCCACCCAGCAAAAUCGUCUUAGGGAAAGGUGA